AUGUAUAGGAAUUUCACUUCUAACAAUACAAGAACUACAGCUAACCUGCUUGGUUUGAAGUAUUUGUUGAAGGAUUUUUCGGAUGUACCCACUAAGAAGUUCACAAAAUUGAAUGCUGAUGAAGUUAACCAAAUUCUUAGCAUUCAUGAGUUGAACUCGAAUUGGACUCUUAAUGUCAGUAGUUUAGUUCGUAAAUACUAGUUUCAGUCUUUUUAAGAUUCUUUCAGUUUUAUGGCAUAGGUUUCUCAAAUAGCUGAGUAGAUGAAACAUUAUCCUAAAUGGUUCAACAAGAAUGGACUUGUCACAAUUGAUCUCAUAACCAAUGAGGUCAAAGGUGUAACAUUCAAGGACGUACUACUGGCCUACACAUCUGAUCAUAUAUCUUAGAUCAUUCAAUAGAAUCAUAGCAAUUCUAUUUUUGAUAAUUGCAACAUCCACGUUGAAAACCUUAUCCAAUAGUGGAAUCACAAUUAUUAAAAGAGUCAAGAACUUAACCAAGUAAUUGACAAAUCUGUGAACUUCUUAUGAUGUACAUAUAUGUAGAUAUUGAUUUAAAAAAUUAAAAA